UCUUAGAUCAGUCGUUCGUGGCGCUGAUAGUAUUUGUUUUGGUAAAAGGUUAAGCUCAUUUUCAGGAUAUUUUGCAUAUUUCUACAGGAAAGAAAUGUUAGAAGGUGCAAGUGAUGGUUCUUCCAUGACCUACAAAGAUGAGGACCGUGUGUUGAUAAAGUUGUCUUUUGAGGAAUUUGUGAAGCAAGAUUAUGGGAAUUCACUCAAUUCCCUGAAUAAAUUGGAGGCUUCUAUUGGUUCAUCACCGAAAAUCUCACACAACAAAGCUGUAGUUGAGUACUAUUUGAAUGACUUGCAGAAGCAUGAUCAGUUCAGAAAGAGCCUUCAGCAACUCACCGGAAGUACAGAUUUUCCUGCUGGAUUUGAGAUUAAGGAUGUCAAGAUGUGUGCAGCAUACUACAAUCAAGCUCUGCUUCUUCACCACUUCCGGCAACCACAGCAGGCACUGAAAAUCAUGACAGCUGUUCUUAAUGUUCUCAAUCAUGCCAACCAUUUGGAUGAGAAUUUUAUCCAGAGAGCCUAUCUUCUUACUCUCACAAUGCUCUUGGACACCAAUCAACCCCGGAAGGCAAAGGCACUCCUCGAACAGCUGGAAAAUCGUCUGGGUAUCACGCGUGAAGCUAUAAUAAAUGAUGACGAUGAAGUUGUUGCAGCUGUUGCAGCCACUGAAGAGAUUUCCUUGACACCAAAGGACAAAGACAAGAAUCUCGAUGAUUUCCGUGAGAUGUUGAAAUUAUGCACAAUUCGAGUAAAUUUAGCAAAUGGAAAAUCAACUCUACUACCCUCUGAAGAUACAUCAGAAUUCUCAAUUGCCAAGGGUCAUCAAUACUACCUGGGUAAUGAUUUCCAGAUGGCGGCCCGGGAAUUGUCCAAGAAGUUCACCAAUGAACCAUUUACAUUGGCGGUAAAUGGUGAGGAUCAGAACACAAUAAUAGCCAACAAUAUGGGGCUGAUUCACUUUGCAGUUCGUCACUAUGCAAUGGCUGUGAGAUUCUUUCAGCACGCUCUGAACUUCGACAAGAAUGCCAAUGAGGAAGUUACACAGAAAUUUUCUAAAGGCCUUCCCCUGCACGCUGUUGGAGGCUCGAAACAGACACAGAUCCUUUACAAUCUCGGGGUAGCUCUACUGCAUCUGCAGCGUCCAAAGGAGGCCUUUGAGUGUCUCAUUGUACCCCUCAAUUAUCACCAUAACAAUCCACGACUGUGGCUAAGAAUUGCCGAAGCCUGCAUCAUGCUCUACCGCCAGGAUAUCAAGCAGAAUGAAAAUAAGAACUUGGUGUCUUCUGUGGUGGGAUCGGGUGCUCACAGGAAAUACAUACUCCAACCAACGGCCCCUAAACAUGUUUCAGAUAGUUCCCUCUUUGCCAUUCCAAGUCCUAAUCUGGAAUUUGCGGUACUCUGCCUGAGGAAUGCCUACACGCUGGUUGAACACUUUCUGGCCCAAAGGAAGAUGGAGGAAGAUAAGCAGCCCGAUGCCGACUUGAAUGUUGAGUGGGACAAAAUGAGAGAGGGAAUUGCAACUCAUCCAUCCAAGCCUCUUAAAGAUGGGGCUUUUCAGCAAUUGCGGUGCUCAAUACUUGCAGCAUUCUCUUAUGUUCUCGUCACUCUUGGAGAUUAUACAUUAUCCCUCAAGUAUGGAAAGGAAUUGCUGAAGAUACCCAAUCUGCCAGACACCCUAAAGAUGCUGGGGCACCUCUAUUGUGCUGAAUCACUGAUAAUGCUCAAUAAAGUCCCAGAAGCUAUCAGUUACUUAGACCCAAAGUUCCUCAGUGAACUUCGGGGAGAAGAUUUUGAGACAAGGGCAUCACCAGAUUGGAAUGUUAAUAGCCUGGAAGCUGCUCAGUCUAUCAUAACGUAUAAUCUGGCUGUGUCAUUGGUGAUGAAGGGUGAUGCUCCGGAGGUGGCCAAGAGUGUUUUACUGUCGUGCACUCAUCCUAUUGUGAUGAAUCAUGUGAAAAUGCUGAAACUUUACAUGGAACUUCAAGCGGGAAAUGUUGAGAAUUGUCGAAAAAUGAUUCGUGUGGAUACCCCACAAUUUAUUUAAAAAUUAAAUUGUCCGCAACUAACCUUUUAAUAUAUUUUUUUACUUUUUCAAUUUAAAUAAAUAAUCAAAUAGUUUUUGUU